AUUAGUUUAAGAUAUACUCCGAAAAUGAUAUGAAAAAAAGAUUAGCUCUUGGAAUAUUCUCUUUUUCAGCAGUGUGCAAAUUAAUUGUUGCUUUGAUAAAAGACAUCGAGAGUUGAAAAAAUCAAUUGAGGUAAGAAUAAUUAUAUGUACUUUAUUUGAAAAUAACGUUGAUUUUUUAGACAUUUAAAUUAAUUUAUGACAAAAAAUUAUGAAAAGAAAAAAAUCGCCAAGAAAUUCUCUGCUUACAUCGUUGACACGACAUAUGUGUCGACCAGGUGUGUUUCCAUGGCGACAGCGUAAGGUACAAUGCCACAAACAGAAAGUUAAGAGGUUCCUUUGCAAUUGUUCUUUGAGUGUCUCAUAGUUUAUUCUAUUGUUAAAAGUUUAAAAAGAAAUCAACGCUGUUUCUGUUCGAUCAGUAUGGCAGUGGAAGGACAAUUUUUUCUAUCCAUUACCGGGUCCAUUGAGCACGCAGAGUUCUAUGAUACCGAUAACGUUUACUGCAAAUACAGUUUUCAUUUCGGACCGGAAUGGAGCGUAGUCACGGGAAUCGAAGAAGGUUUGACGCAAAUGUGUAAAUGCAGCAAUGAUCCAAGGAAUCUCGCCGUUUGGAAUUUUCCCCUGAACAUUACGUUCAAAAGUACAAAUCCACACGGAUGGCCACAGCUUAUUAUGUCGAUCUACGGAUUGGAUUUGUUCGGCCAUGACGUAAUUAGAGGAUACGGAGUGUGCCAUUUGCCUCUGAAAACGGGACAUCACGAGAAAAGGGUAUCUAUCUACGUACCGGAAUCGUCGUCCACGCUGCAGCGUUUCAUCGAGUGGUUAACCGGCAGGAGACCGGAAUUAAUUGAUUCCGCCAUACUAGCAUCCGGCGGCGGCAGAGAACUCACACGCAUGAGGGUCGAGGGAAUCGUAACCGUAACGUUCAACGUCGUUUUGAAGGAUUUCUUCAAGUUGGGUUACGACAACGGCGAGAAAUGGAAGAAAUGAUAACGCGACCGUUAAACUCCCUCAGUUCAAGAAGAGGAGGAUUACCCUGUCGUAGGAUUAUCUUAUCAAGAAAGGUACAAUACUGCGCUUCAUAAAUAAUAUUCUCAUGAGUAAUCGAGGUGUGAUUUUCCCGUAUAAUCCAUCAGUUUAUUUUUCCCGAUGUCAACCGUAGUAAAAUGAAGAGAAUUAAAAAAAUAUAUAUAUAUAUAUAUUUAUUCCACGCUAAUAGGCAUUUCGUAAAAAAAAAGGAAAGACAGAGAGAGAGAGAACUAAUCCUUUACGAGGGACUUAUUAAAUUCAACGCGGCUUUAAUCUCCGGCGAGAUAAUGCGCGAUGUGUGUAGAUGUGGUUACUAUAAGUGUAGCGGAAAAAUAGGUAACGACCGAUCCCGGAUUUCCCGAAAGAGGAUUAAAAACGUCGUUUACGUCGAAAUACACAGGUAUCUUGAUGGCCGGAAAAGCUGUAACAGCCUUCGAUUUUUUGCGCGAUUAUAGCUGACCGAAGCAACCAUUUUACAUAUCGCUGAAUAUUGCGUUCGAGAUUUCAUCUCGAAUGGGACGGUGGAGUGCAUUACACUUUACUGCGCGGAAAAGCCGGGCGAUCCAAGAAUUACAGCAGUUAUAUCCGCUCGUGCGUGUUAUGGAAUAAAUAUAUGUUGUAAAUAUAAAGUGAAUCACAUGUAAAAAUCACGUAUAAACAGAGAUAUGUUUGUUCUUGCAAUAAACGUUGCAAAAUUGAAAUACGAUAAAUUCAGAUUAAUCGCAAAAUUAUACGAUAUUAUUACUAAUAUAAGCAAUAUGUAAAAAAAAUCUCCUAAAACUCGACGGAUAUUAUUUUAGUAAAUAUUAUUUUAAGAAUAUUUAAUGUACAAAAUAUUGACAAGCCACGCAAAAAUAAAUCCACAUCGCAGCUUUCUCAUUUUUAAUAUACUUCUGCAACAAAUUCUCGAGUAUCAGAAAGCGAUAGAUCAAAAUGUAUCAAAUGUGUGCAUUUCACAGGGGUUACAUUGGUGCGGUUUAACGCGAUAAUGCCAGUGGAGAUUGAUAAUGAUUCAAUAACAGGCAACGUAAAGAUCGAAAGACCGGCUUUAAGGGCGGCUGAGUUUUAAUCUAGACGUAUCGCGGGCACGUAAAGCGAUUAUAUGCGCGGAACCAUCCGGAUGUCAAGCUAGAGUGCACGAAGAUGACGUCGUCGCAUUUUACGAGCGGGGCGCGCGUUAAAGGUAGCUAGAAUGAAAGUACUGCAAACUAUAGGGAAGACCGGGGAUGGUCGUAAACAUACAAGUCGAAAUAAGCGAGCGAUUGCAAAUAAAAGGACGCUGCUCUCCGUUAUAGUUAUUUUCUCGCGUGAACUAACAAGAUCGAUUCCCGGAACAAAAUGCGCGAUCCAAUUACGCUAAUAUGCAAAUCGUAUGUUUUCUUUUUUCGCUCUUACAUCAAGCGCGCAUAAAUCAAGCUC